GUGUUGUGCGUGAACAGUUAAACGUUGGUCAAAACUACUGUGUUUCCCGUGACCGCAGUGCGACAAAAAGUUCAAUCGUCGAGCAAAUAUCCUGCUAAAGGUGUUUCUGGUGACGAAAGCGAUAGCUGAGGUGCGUUUGCAGAAGAACGCGAUUGAAGAAGAAAGCCCAUUGGUUCGUGUAGCGCAGCUUUGCCCUGGAAGAGGAAGUGCUCAAGUUCUAAAGAGGGCCAGUGGCUGUGUCUGUGUGUGUGCACAGUGCGUUAGUGAGAAUCGCGAAUCAUCGCCCGCUUGGUGGAGACUGAAAAUCGAGCAUUUCUGGUGCACGGACGGGAAAACGACGGCUAAAAGUACACAAUGUCGGUGAUCGGUAUUGACUUUGGCAACGAGUCCUGCUAUGUGGCGGUGGCAAAGGCCGGUGGUAUCGAGACCAUCGCCAAUGACUACAGUUUGCGAGCCACACCCUCGUUUGUUGCGUUCGCCGGCCGCAACCGUGUGCUGGGUGUUGCCGCCAAAAAUCAACAAGUCACAAACAUGAACAACACGAUUGGUGGCUUCAAGCGGCUGCUAGGUCGGAAGUUUGGCGAUCCGGACGUGCAGGAGGAAGUACGUUCGCUGCCGUACCAGGUGGAGGCGACGGCGAACGGUGGCAUCGGCAUACGCGUCAACUACCUGGACGAGGAGCACGUGUUUACGCCGGAGCAGAUCACGGCCAUGCUGUUCACCAAGCUGAAGGAGGACGCGUUCAAGGAGCUGAAGACACAGAUCAACGACUGCGUCAUUACGGUGCCGUCGUACUUUACCAACGCCGAACGGCAGGCCCUGCUCGAUGCGGCCAACAUUUGCGGUCUCAACGUGCUGCGUUUGGUGAACGAAACGACGGCCACGGCACUCAGCUACGGCUUCUACAAGCAGGAUCUGCCGGCGCCGGAAGAGAAGCCGCGCAACGUGGUGUUCGUCGACUGUGGCCACGCAUCGCUGCAGGUGUCGGCGUGCUCCUUCCACAAGGGCGCCCUGAAGAUGCUCGCCAGCUGCUCCGAUUCCGUCGGUGGACGAGAUUUUGACCUCAUGCUGGCGAUGCACUUCAACAAAGAGUUUUUGACAAAAUACAAAAUUGACGCUUCGUCGAAAAAACGAGCUUUCUUGCGCCUGAUGGCAGAGGCAGAGAAGUUGAAGAAAAACAUGUCGGCCAACAGCACGAAGCUGCCGCUUAACAUCGAGUGCUUCAUGAACGAAAUCGACGUCCAUUCGUCGCUGCAGCGCUCGGACAUGGAGGAACUGUGUGGCCACCUCUUCCAGCGGAUCGAGAAAACGAUGCGCAAGCUGCUGGUCGACUCGAAGCUAGCGCCGGAGGACAUCCAUUCCGUGGAGAUUGUUGGUGGCAGCAGCCGCAUUCCGGCCAUCAAGCAUUUGAUCGAGCAAAUCUUCGGUAAACAGGCCAGCACAACGCUCAACCAGGACGAGGCCGUUUCGCGAGGGGCAGCCCUACAGUGCGCCAUCCUGUCGCCGGCCGUUCGCGUGCGCGAAUUUAGCUGCACCGACGUGCAGGCGUACCCGGUGAUGAUCUCGUGGACUGACGCCGAAGGUCCGCACGAAAUGAAGGUGUUCGAGCAGUACCACUCGGCCCCGUUCUGUCGGCUCCUGACGGUGCACCGUAAGGAUCCGAUGACGAUCAACAUGCACUACGAGGCGGACAGUGUUCCGUACCUGGACCCUUCGAUUGGGUCCUACCACGUGAAGGGCAUCAAGCCGGAUGCGGCCGGCGAGUCGCAGGAGGUGAAGGUGAAGGUGCGAAUCAACAGCAAUGGCAUCAUUUUGAUUUCGAGCGCCACGAUGUACGAACGGAAGGAAAGCGAAGAACCCGUCUCACCGACGCCGGCGACCAAUGGUGAACAGAAAGCUGGCGAUGGUAGUGGCCCGCAGGCGGCUACACCUCCGUCACCACAGCCCGGCGACGAUACUGGCAAAGUCGGAGAACCGAUGGACAUUCAGGAGGGUAGCGAUGAUGAGCAACCUAAAAAAGAUCCAAAAUCGAACGAAAGUAGUGGAGAGGGUUGGACGCAGCGAGUCACCAGAUGGUUCACAUCGGUAUGUGCUGACAAAAAGAAGAAGGUUACAACAAAACAGGUGGAGCUGACCGUCGAGUCCCAAACACACGGUUAUGGCACUUCGGAGUUGCACAAAUAUUUCGAGGAAGAAAUGAAAAUGAUCGCCAACGAUCGCCAGGAAAAGGAGCGCAUAGAUGCCAGAAACGCCCUCGAAGAGGCGGUGUACGAGGUGCGGGAAAAGAUUCAAGAGGAAGGGCUGUUGCACGCGUAUAUCGAGCCGAAGGAUGCGUCCGACAUUUGCCGCGAGCUGGAAGAAACCGAAAACUGGCUGUACGAGGAGGGUGAGUCGUGCGAGAAGGCGGUCUACAAGGAACGGUUGGAAAAGCUGCGCGCAAAGAUGGAGCCGAUGCGGGUCCGAUAUGAGGAGUACAGCGGCCAGGAGCAGGCGUUUAGCGAGCUCGGCCACAGCAUUCAGCAGACACUGAAGGCGGUGGAGCUGUACCGUGCGAAAGAACCGAAGUACGAUCAUCUGACCGAGACCGAGAUGAUCAACAUUACCGAGGCGGCUCAGAAGGCACAGAAGUGGUAUGAUGAGGCCCGAUCAAAGCUGGUCGGAGUGCGCAAAACGCAGGAUACGCCCGUUAAGCUUGCCGACAUUCGUCACGAAACGCAAACGCUCACCGCGUGCACGAAUUCGGUGCUGAACAGACCGAAACCGAAACCUCCAACUCCGCCGGCAGACCAGCAAAAUGGAGGCAAUGGAGGAUCGGAACCGACGGCUGCCGGAGGUGAACAGCAUGAAUCGCAUGGACCCAAACAAACGACAGAGGACUCCAUGGACGUAGAAUAAUUUUCUUAAGCGCCAACAAACGCAAACCAGCACACACACACACACACACUCGUACGCUAUUUUCCCCAUCAACAAGAGCUCUUCUCGCAAGAGAGCCGUUCGCACCAUAAGAGCACCAACUACAUCCGGUCAAAGUUCGACCAGGUGUAGUACACUUUUCCGUUUCUGUGUUAUGGAGCAACUCAAUGUUAUGUUUGUACUUGACAACUAUCCAUCCUACGCCAGCAAAGAGGAGAGUGUUGCAAACCAAUAUUCAACCCUCCUGGGCCGGGUGUGUGUUCCAGUAUGUGCAAAACAAUUUGACUUUGUUUCUCAUCUGAUUCUUGCGCUCAGAACCAGAGCCGCCGCCGCAGACUGGAGUAAAGAAUGGUCUGUGACAACAAGGGAAAGAUGUGGCUCAUAUUACGGAUUUCCUUCCGUUCCUUUUUUCUAUCCCAUCUAUUCAUGCUACAUCUCCAAAUACCGAUGUCUUGUUUCUCAUGCUUAUGUUCUUUUUAAAAGCUACUAUUGGCAAGCGAGGCGAGCCACGUGCGAUUGAGCUUUGCCGACAAAUCUGUAUUGUCUUCUUUUGAUAACACUAGCCCUAAUGUACGUUACAUGCGUUUUCCCCCACGUCAGUUUGCAACUGGCUGUGUCUUUCACUCAGUAGCGAAAAGGAGAAGAUGGUAGGACAAAUAUUAUUACAUACCGGGAGUAAAUAUCGAGAGCAUUAGGUUGAGCUUUUAUGCAAAUGCGUUAACUAAACUUUUGCAGUCGAGCAAACGGCCGAAACAACUGCGCGAGGAUAGUGGAAAGGUUUGAAGAUCGUACCGAUAAAUAUACGUUCCUUUGUAACCCCUCAAACGCAGAUGCUAUUUAUCUUUAAACAUACCGAAUUGAUACCGAGAAUCGAACGAUAAAAUGUUGAUAUGAGUAGGUACGACUAAUGGCCUCACUCGAUCGGCACCAGCGCAUUCGCACUAUUUCAGUACAUCACUUCCGAAUCAUGUGGACAGUGUACUGUUCGUCAGCUGCAUUUGCAUUAUAGUGCAGCUUUUCAAAUAAAUGCCUUUGAAGAGAUUGAAAACCGAUCAAUAACAGCUCACGGAACAACAUUUUACGGAAACUUGAAUAUCAAAAUCGCAAAUGUCAUAUUCGCAAUCAUCAUUCAGUGUAGACUGGCAAAUAAGUCGAUUGUCUGUUCACAUUGAGAUCAAGAAAAUUGGUAAGAUUUAGAUUUGUGGUGCCGUGCCAGGUUGGUAUAAUGCAAAGAAAAAAGUCUCGAACGUCUUAUAACGACGCCUUCAUGUGCGAUUUGGAUGUAUUGGAAUAAAACA